UCGUUGAAAGUAGAAGUUAGCCAUGGACCAUUCUCCAAACCCUUUUCCCCUUGCAGACGACGGCGGAGAGAAACCGACCGGGCCGGAAAAUCUCCUCGACAACCGCUGGUUCUUCAACAACCCUCUCGAUAAAAAAGUAACCAUGUCGGAAAACAAGCAUGUCGACACCCCGCGGCCUGCCGGAAAAUCAUACGACGAAACCUACGAAUCCAUCAUGAAGCUGUCGCGGCCGCCGACUACUCUGAUGAAGGCACCGCCUUCUUUGGAAAGGAAAAAUAGCGAAAAGGCGGCACCGGCGAUGAGCAAUUUAGCACGUGGGCCGUCGAUGCCGGCGAGCCUCCCCUCGGAGGAGGAAGAGGAGAUCGAAUUCUCUAUGGGAAAAUUGAUUAGGCAAGCUUCUUUGAAAAGCACACGUCCUACGAUUAAUCAUGUGGCUAAGGGCGUGCCAUCAAUUGUGAGUUCUAACACACCAUCGCCUCGAAAAGUGGAGUUUGCAAACCGAAAAUUGGAGAGACUGAGGCCAAGACGUGCGAUGAAUCAACUCAAGUCUCAAAAGAGCUUGAGCGACUUGCAAUCGUUAGAGUUGCAAGGUUUCAAAGAUUUAGGAUUCGAUGUGGGUGUGACCAAGUUGCAGAGUGCAAUAACCAUGAUUCCGGAAUCACACGAAGAAGAAGAGCAUGGAAGAAAUGCACCCAAAUGGGGUUCUAAGGGAUCCAAGGAAGAUGAUAUGAAGGCUCAGAUCAAGUUUUGGGCUAGAGCUGUCGCAUCAAAUGUCAACCAAGAUUGAGUGCUUUUAUUUUGUUUUAUUAACUAGGCAGAUUUGAAUAAGCUAUGCUUCUAUAGUUCUAUGCAUGCAAACCAUACAAGAGAGGAAAAACAGUAGUGACGUUAAUUUUAGAUUUAAGUAUAAGUAUGGUGCGGCAUUUCAUUGAUUUAGAUUAAUAUAGCAUGUGAAAAGUUGGUUUUCUUGUUUCUUGUGAAUAUCUAGGGAUGUUUGUUAAAUAAAAUUGGUGUACCAACAGACAUUCUUUGGGGGA